CCACACCGCAACACAGCCUUUAUAGAAAAAGCAGUCACAAGGCUUCUUCCUCAACAAACCUGCUUCUCUCACCUGCGCAGAACAAACCAAAACGCACAAGUUCGUCAUGGCUCAACGUGUUACCUACCGCCGUCGCCUUGCCUACAACACCCGUAGCAACAAGACCAGAGUCAUUAAGACUCCUGGCAACAACCUCCGCUCCUUGCACAUCAAGAAGCAAGGCAAGAUCCCUCGUUGCGGUGACACCGGUGUCCCUUUGCAAGGUAUCCCUGCUAUGCGUCCUCGUGAGUUUGCUCGCCUCUCUCGCACCAAGAAGACCGUUCAACGUGCUUAUGGUGGCUGCCUCAGCGCCAACGCUGUCAAGGACCGCAUUGUCCGUGCCUUUUUGAUUGAGGAGCAAAAGAUUGUCAAGCAAAAGCUGAAGCAAAUGGCUCAAAAGUAGGUACUAAAAUGACAACCAUGGUCGCUUGAACGUCACGCAUUCUCGCGUCGUGACGAAGAGACGGCGCUUCGUUUAGGUACUCUGCUGUUCUGCAGCUCUUCAAUGAGAGUCUUUUCGGGUUACAUGUGGAA